UCAGCCAAAAACACGCCUGAAGGGGCCUCAGCUCGAUUACCAGGCAACAUCUGCAUACACGUAUGUAAUGCGGGUAGCCAGUUGGCCCUCUUCAGGCGUCUUCAAGCGCGUUUUUUAGAUUUUCAACCAUGUUCCAGGUUGCGCAUUUUGACAGGCGAUACUGCUAUCGAAACGGUAUGAGGUGCCCUUUAAGUCUGUGAAGAAAAAAUCGCAACUUUUGCGGACUUCAAUCGCCGCGCUCAAGUGACGCGGAACGAGACACUUAGGCCCCUGGCGUUGACGGGGCGACGGUGGUGACCAAUUGCACUUGUCAGAUGUAAAGUAGAACCCCCAAGGUCUCACUUUUAACCCUCGUCGACACCUCCGGUGGCGCGCAGUGCGCUCAGCUUUCCCAACAAGAAGCGAUCCUCUUUCCCGCGCUCUCGGAGGGCGUUUCAAAAAUCGAGUGGCGCGACCCCUAAACGUUGUCGACCUCAGACAACGACAGGAAAUCAUCGUUUAAUGUCCUCUAUUAUUUAGCGUCCGAACCUUCUCAAUUCGUCACUUCGACCUCCAAUAUCGGACAGGCUAUUGAAGGGGAUGAGCGACCGUGACUUCAUGAUCGGAUUGUGGUUGAGCAGGGGUUGGAGGUGGGUAAAAGAGAGCAAGUGGUUGAGGUGCUUGAGGUUGUGGGGGUGGGGGAACAGGGGAAUAGGUGCAGUCGGCCUAAUUGGUGGCGGAGCCGGAGUUGUGUAAAGCCACUAACAGUUCUUCUUUGGUGGUGGUCGUAGUAGUUGUGACCUGCGUGUACAAGAAAUAGCUUAGCUUGUUACUUGAUAAUUAAGUCCAGAGUCAUUGGAAAAUACAACUAAAUUUAAUUGGGACAUGGGACACUAUUGGUUCUUCAGAGUAACUGGUAGGAACAAAUAUUGAGCCGAACCAAUGGCUAAGUAACAGUCUAACUUCAUAGAAGUCGCCAACAAAGUGCAGAGCAGUCAUGCAAUAUCAACAUGAGAGGGUGAAAGGUGCACAUUAACCCCGGAUUAUCCAUUGAUUAUUAGCCCGUUUCACGGUAUUCUCUCAAAGGCUCCAAAACACCGCGGUUCAAGUUAGCAACCAGAGAGAAAAUUGGCUCUGAGUAAAGCUCGGCCACGUAAGCUACAAUCGUGGACGACUGGGUGGUAUUUGGACAUUAACACUUCAACCAUCGCAUCGAACACGUGCUUCAAAGGCCUGAGCUAGACCAGCUGAACUAAUGAAGAGGUUAGGAAACACGACGUCAAGGCACAAAAUAGGUCAAAAGCAUGUUCGGACGGAACAUCUGGCUUACUUCAUUUAACAAAUAUAAAAGAUCAGGUAAACGAACUUUAAGUUGGGAAGAAAAACGCAGUAGAGACCCCGGGACCAUUCUCAUAGCCAUAAGCUGGCCUUGUCUUACAUGCCUCCCGUUUUUUGAGGAAGCGUCUUGUCUAAGAAAUGUCCCUUGCAUCAACUCACCUUUCUCACAUACUCGAAGGGCUGAUUGUGGUGGUUCAUGAUGAAACUACGAAUUUAGCUGGACGAGGCCACGAGUGAAUAACACCAAAGCGCUGCUGCUCACUGCUCACUUGCUACCACACUUUACACGAUGAACUCGGGGUGGAAUGGUGGAACGCGUGGAAACAAAAGGAGGUGAGCUUAACAGUUGUGACAACCAUACCUAUAAUUUAUAUAAAAUGUUGAAAUGAUUACAUCAUACAAAAAAAGUAAACCAGCAUCUGUUGUGGUGCUGAAAUUUAACUUACAAACCUCUACAUUUCAUUUUUCUGUAUCUAUACGUAUUUAUGAUAUAACGCGUCCAGGUUCUUGUCUGGAAUGGAGUCUGUUGCUGUUGCUUUGGGGUCUGGAGUGGAGUCCUGGACCAACAAUUGAGCAGUACCUUGUGGGUCUGCAACCAGCAGAAGAUAACACUCUCUCACUUCUGAAGCAGUAUGUCGAAGACACGCUGACUUGCAAAGCUUACACUCUGUGGGGAUCUAUGAAAUGUGCUAUCAAGCCGUACAUAAAAAAGAAGGUUGAGGUCCUAGAAGAAGAAAUACAACUUGUUAAUCCUCUGAAGAGGAAAGUUGAAGAGAUGGGUUUAAAACUUGAUUCCCUGAAAGAAAAAUUGUCUAAAUACGAGGAUACUGUUUCCAAGAUGAAUGAGGAAAUAAUGAGCCAGGAGGCAGAAAUUGCAAAGCUACAGUAUGACAUUAGUGACAUUGAUCAGGUUAGUCUCUCCUACUGUUCCUUGGAAUCAUGGUGUGCAUCAACCAGCUGAAGCGGCAAAAAGGAAACAGACGUGGGUCAUAUUUUUACCAUGUAAAUGACGGAUUUUACUACCAUAAAAAUUGUAGAAAAGGAGAGGUGGUGUACUUCAAAUGCAUCCGUUGCGAGACUGGUUGCCACGGAAGGGCCCUGUGUGAUAGACAGAGGGGCUUUGUACACACUCCAACCCUCACAAUGUGUGCAAUCGUAAUCGACAUCGACUAGUUAGACAGUUACAAUCUAGAAUAAUGAUCUAAGCAUUUACUUUGCAUUUACAGAGUGAUACUUUUCAAUUGCAAAUAAAUGUUUUACAGAGUGUUUUCAUUGAAAACCAUGCCAAAUUUCAAGUUCCUACCUGCAUCGCAAGUAAUUUAAAUCUUAGAGCAAAGAGUGGACGGCUUAUUUUGUUGACGAUGUGUUUGAUGUCGCAGUGCAGAAGGCAUGUUACACGAAGUAAGUCUUGUCUCGCACUCUAUAAUUUAAAAACUGAUUGGUGAAAUUUCGAAUUAAA